GGUUCUGUGGAAAUGAGACGUGAAGUUUUUCCUAUUUAAGGCUCGGCUUAUCAUAGUAUCUAAAGAAAUCACACUGUCCGUAUAUGGUUGCUACGGAUGGCUCCUGCUUGCCAGAGCUGCACAAAGAUAAUCGCUCAGGAAGUGUUUCAGCCAAUCCCCUGAAGCUUUACAUUCAGAUUUACCGAAGUAGCCAAUCCGGGAUUAGCUUUUAUUAGGAAGACAGAUCAUCAAGCUGAAGUGCCAAGCCCUUUCUGCCUGAGUACUGAGAGCCUGUCCUCCAUGUUUUAUAAGUAUUGACAUAACACUGUGUUAACAAUGCAUCCACAGAGCUUGGCUGAAGAGGAAAUAAAGGCAGAGCAGGAGGUGGUGGAGGGGAUGGAUAUCUCCACUCGAUCCAAAGAUCCUGGCUCUGCUGAACGCACAGCACAAAAAAGGAAAUUUCCCAGCCCUCCACAUUCCUCUAAUGGCCACUCACCACAAGAUGCAUCAACAAGUCCUAUAAAAAAGAAAAAGAAACCUGGUCUAUUGAACAGUAAUAAUAAAGAGCAGUCAGAACUAAGACAUGGUCCGUUUUACUAUAUGAAGCAGCCACUCACCACAGACCCUGUUGAUGUUGUACCACAGGAUGGACGGAAUGAUUUCUAUUGCUGGGUUUGUCAUCGGGAAGGCCAAGUCCUCUGCUGUGAACUCUGUCCUCGGGUUUAUCAUGCUAAGUGUCUGAAACUGACAGCGGAACCAGAGGGGGAUUGGUUUUGCCCAGAAUGUGAGAAAAUCACAGUUGCAGAAUGCAUAGAAACACAGAGUAAAGCUAUGACAAUGCUCACCAUUGAACAGCUAUCAUAUUUACUGAAGUUUGCACUACAGAAAAUGAAACAGCCAGGGACAGAGCCAUUUCAAAAGCCAGUUUCACUGGAUCAACACCCAGAUUAUGCAGAAUAUAUCUUUCAUCCAAUGGACCUUUGUACAUUAGAGAAGAAUGUUAAAAAGAAAAUGUACGGUUGCACUGAAGCAUUUUUGGCCGAUGCCAAAUGGAUUUUGCACAACUGCAUUAUUUACAAUGGGGGAAAUCACAAAUUGACACAAACAGCAAAAGUCAUCAUCAAAAUCUGUGAGCAUGAGAUGAAUGAAAUUGAAGUAUGUCCGGAAUGUUAUUUAGCUGCUUGCCAAAAACGAGAAAAUUGGUUUUGUGAGCCUUGUAGCAAUCCCCACCCUUUGGUCUGGGCUAAACUCAAAGGCUUUCCAUUCUGGCCUGCUAAAGCACUGAGGGAUAAAGAUGGGCAAGUUGAUGCCCGUUUCUUUGGCCAACACGACAGGGCCUGGGUUCCAAUAAAUAAUUGCUACCUCAUGUCUAAAGAAAUUCCUUUUUCUGUGAAAAAGACUAAAAGCAUCUUCAAUAGUGCAAUGCAAGAAAUGGAGGUUUAUGUUGAUAACAUUCGUAGAAAAUUUGGAGUAUUUAAUUACGCACCUUUCCGGACACCAUAUACUCCCAAUAAUCAAUACCAAAUGUUAUUAGACCCUGCAAACCCGACUGCUGGAACUGCAAAGACAGACAAACAAGAGAAAAUCAAACUGAACUUUGAUAUGACAGCAUCACCCAAAAUUCUAAUGAGCAAGUCUAUGCUGAGCAGUAGUACUGGUCGUAGGAUUUCAUUGACAGAUAUGCCACGGUCACCAAUGAGUACAAACUCAUCAGUUCACACUGGAUCUGAUGUUGAACAGGACGCGGAGAAAAAAGCAACUUCCAGUCAUUUUAGUGCCAGUGAAGAAUCCAUGGACUUUAUUGAGAAAAAUACAGCUUCUCCAGCACCAACAAGAACGGGUCAAGCAGGGAGCUUGUCAGGCAGCCCCAAACCUUUUUCUCCUCAAGCAUCAACACCAAUUUCUGCUAAGCAAGAAAGAACUUCCACUCCAGGAAGCAUUCUGAAUCUUAACCUUGAUCGUAGCAAAGCUGAGAUGGAUCUAAAAGAGUUGAGUGAGUCAGUCCAACAGCAGACCACUCCCGUGCAACUCAUUUCACCAAAACGACAGAUACGUAGUAGGUUCCAGCUUAAUCUUGACAAGACAAUAGAGAGUUGUAAAGCACAACUUGGAAUAAAUGAAAUAUCUGAAGCUGUUUAUACUGCAGUAGAACACAGUGACUCUGAAGAUUCUGAAAAAUCUGACACCAGUGACAGUGAAUAUAGUGAUGAGGAUCAGAAAUCAAAGAACGAUCAAGAAGAUGGAGAGGACAAGGAAGGUACAAGAAGUGACAAAGAAUCAUUGAGCUUGAAAAAAAAACCUAAGCCCCCAGCACAGAAUGAAGACAAGGAGGAACUUAAAAGCACAAGUCCAGAAGUGGAGAAAACAGAUGACCUGGUCAAAGAAAAGGCAAUUACAGACACUGAAAAAGAAUUUUCUGAAAAGGGAAAAAGUUUACAGCAUCCUGCAAAAGAAAAACUGAAAGGUAAAGAUGAAACAGACUCUCCAACUGUGCAUCUAGGACUGGACUCUGAUUCUGAGAGUGAACUAGUCAUCGAUCUAGGAGAUGAUCAUUGUGGCCGUGAAGGAAGGAAAAACAAGAAAGAAUCUAAAGAACCUCCUCCUAAACAAGAUGUUGUAGGUAAAACUCCACCUUCCUCCAGUGCAAGCACCCAGCCUCUACCAGAAACUCCAGUGCUUACCCGCUCUGCAGCCCAGACUCCACCAGCUGGUGUGACAGCGACUACUAGUGCUUCUUCUACUGUUAGUGCUCCAUCUGCAGCCACUGGAAGCCCUGUGAAAAAGCAGAGGCCUCUGCUGCCUAAGGAAACUGCCCCCGCUGUGCAGCGUGUAGUGUGGAAUUCUUCCAAUAAAUUUCAGACAUCGUCUCAGAAAUGGCACAUGCAGAAGGUGCAGAGACAGCAGCAACAGCAGCAGAGCCAGCAGUCUCAGUCACAGCAACCUCAGUCCUCUCAAGGGACAAGAUAUCAGACAAGACAAGCAGUUAAAGCUGUGCAGCAAAAAGAGAUCACCCAGAGCACUUCCACAUCAACUAUAACCUUGGUUACAAGUACUCAACCUAUUUCUAUGGUUACUAGUUCUGGAUCUGCAAGUACACUCUCUUCCUCAGUUAAUACAGACUUGCCAAUUGCAACAGCUUCAGCUGAUGUGGCUGCAGAUAUUGCUAAAUACACUAGCAAAAUGAUGGAUGCCAUCAAAGGAACAAUGACUGAAAUAUAUAAUGAUCUUUCAAAAAAUACUACUGGAAGUACAAUAGCUGAGAUUCGGCGUUUGAGGAUUGAGAUAGAAAAACUUCAAUGGUUACAUCAACAGGAACUCUCAGAAAUGAAGCAUAAUCUAGAACUGACAAUGGCUGAAAUGCGUCAGAGUCUAGAACAAGAACGAGAUCGUUUGAUUGCUGAGGUGAAGAAGCAGCUGGAACUGGAAAAGCAGCAAGCAGUGGAUGAAACUAAAAAGAAGCAGUGGUGUGCUAACUGCAAGAAAGAGGCCAUUUUUUAUUGCUGUUGGAAUACUAGCUACUGUGACUAUCCCUGCCAACAAGCUCACUGGCCUGAGCAUAUGAAAUCUUGCACACAGUCAGCUACUGCAACACAGCAAGAAACAGAUAAUGAAAUUAGCACAGAAACAUUAAAUAAAUCAUCCCAGCCCAGUUCAAGUGUGCAGCCUACACCCACGGAAACAGCCAGCACCCCUAAGGAAAAGGAAGGUUCAGCUGAUAAAAGCAAAGAGAGUGUUACAAUAGCAACAGGUGUGACAAGCAACCAGCCUAUAAAACUGGUCCAGGUACCGCAGACCACCACCUAUAUUCCAACUACUCAACCCACAAUUGUAAGUACAAUAUCAUCAUUUAAAGUCUGCAGUAGUGCUGUUCCUGGCAUUAAAAUUGCUCAGUAUUUCUGGGGGGUUGUCUCCGUCUGCUGUUUUAUCAAGAAAUGAAUUCACUGGUAUAGUCUCAACUUGCAGUGCAAAAUGUCCUAUUUUGCCAUGCAACAUUCCACCCUUUCAUUUCAUCAUUCAUUAUUACAAGGAUUCAGAAAUUGUCAUUAAGUAUAGCAAAAGCACUGAGGACAGUCAGACUUCCAUUUUACAUUAUUAUGUUAGUUAUUUGUCAGUGUCAUGUAUAUACUUGACCACAACAUCAAUGUAAAUAUAUAGAAUUCAUUUUAAAUAUCUUUUUGUCUAUGGUAUCCUAAAGAGAUUUAAUUAAUUCUUAGCUAUGCUUGAUAUUUCUGUGACAUCUCAGUAACUAUGAAAGAAAAUACGCAUUCAGCAGCAGCAUAUCCCCCAUGCAGUCCUGCACAUUAGCGUUACAAAAUUAUGAGAAAUGGCAUUGGAAUCAGACCUGGGUUUUUCCAUCAAAGACUUUACCAAGGACACUUGAAUUCCAUAGUGUCAGUCACAGGAGAUGGGACAGAAGUGAGUUUGAUUUUUGUAUUUUAUGCACCAGAAUAUCCCAUUCUUUCAGCUGGUCGUGUUCUGCAGUGCUUGCUUCAGAGUCAGCACUGCAUCUGAUCUGACAUUCUUCUUACCAAAAUGAGACCCGCUGAUACCGUGCUGCUCACUGAGCAGCAUGCCCUGUCUCUGGUGGGUUCAGCAGAGAAGCCCGUGUGUGGGUGACUGAAGUUAGAUAAUUUAUAACAACAACUAUGUAGUAAUUUAACAGUGUACCUUAAUCACACUGUGUUUGUGAGGCCUAAUUUGCUAUGGUAGUUACUCUGUCCUUCCCUCUCCUUGUGUACACACACCCACGUGCGCACCCCCACGCCCCACCCCCCAGCUGCAGGACACCUGCCUCUGUGUGUGUGUGUAUCUAUGGAUACACGCACACACACACACAUACAGUAUUUCAUAGCCAUUCUAUACCACAGAAACGCUCUUAGUGGGGAUCAUGACUUUUCACAUUCCUAGCAGCAUUUUAACUCAUUUUGUCUCAACUGAGAGCACUGUGCACCUUCACAGCAUUGGCCCUAAGUUGCUUGGACUGAAUUACCAUAACAACAAGUUUUUAUAUGUGUUUUAAAAUCAAAUAGCAAACAUCAAAGAUAUUAGGCUCUUUUGUGAAUAGCUGAGAGGUGGGAAGAUCAUCAGGUGGUUUUGUGUAAUAUUCAGAAAAAUGGCAGUUACCUUCAUGGGUUUUCUGUAAUACAAAGUGUAUUGAGUUAUGUAAAGCAUAAUUGGAACGUCCGAAAAGUUUCAACCUUUAUUUGUGCAUGUUUAAAACUUUGUACACAUUUGCAUUAGUCUUGCACAGCUACAGACACCUCUGUAUUCUAAUGACUGCACGUGCAAUUUAAAUAAUUUUAAACCUUAGUGCAUGUUUAAUAUGUAUGCAAAAUGUACAUAUGUGUAAAACUGGCAGAGGUGGAAAAUUUACCUCUCAGGGAAUGAUCUUAACACAUGUAAGGAGUCUCACACAUUCCAUAUCCUGAUCAGUAGAAGAACUGAAACUUAAUUUUUUCACUUGUGUAAGUGUGUAUAUUUAAAAGGCGACUGUGGCAACCUUAAUUUCCCCACCCGUAGUACUAAUAGCGACUUAUAAAAUGGCUUCUUUAGGGUUCAAUUUGCACUUUGUUUCCAACUAGGAAUUCCUUCCUCUGAACAACAUCCACUAUAUCUUCUGGGUACCAUUUCCAUGGGACCCUGUGUACACAUCUGAAAUCAUUACAAAAUGGCAGCAAUCUUGAAUUUAUUUAGCAAAUUGGUUCCAUAUUUGGUUUUUUUUAUUCUUUCUGCAGUUAAAAUAAUGUAAAAAUAUAAAUUCAUCGUCUUUGCAUUCCAGGGAACAGAAUGAGUAGGCUUCUGGAAGGCAUAGACUUUCUCACAAAGGAGCUGAUAAACACUCUAGGCUGGAAUCCAUCUCAGUAGGGAUACUCACAAUCUUUGUUGAAUACCAUUAAGACACUAAUGUGGUUUCUUAAAACAGUGUGGGGAAACAUUGGGCUCCAGUGAACUUGUAUUUCUUCUUCCAUGUUCUCUCUGGAAUGUCACACCACCAUCAGGGGAAGAUCUGUGCAUCCCUUUCAGAUUCCUCAAAAUCUCACUUCCUGUUUCUUCCACAACAUAUUGUGAACUGAAAUGGAUGCGUGCGUUUGAUCACCGGUUGUGCAUCACGGAAUUGUACCAAAACAUACUUGCAGUUUGUAUGGUGUAGGCAUUUCUAGACUUUCUCACGCUUCUGCAGGAAGGUUCAGAUACAGACUUAAGAUUCAAUAAAUCCUUUUCCAGAUCUUCCAGAGUGAUGUGACGGUGACCAGAUUGUUUAACAUUCUCGUGCCUUUGUCUCUGCAUCUGUAGAAUCAAUGACCACCUGUAGAGAUGUCCUGAAACUUCAUUUGUUGAGAUUUAUAAAUCAUGAUCUGUAUGAUGGAAGUGAAAAACUUAUUCUAUAUUAAUAUUUUUACAGGGUGUAUAAGGCAGUUCCCAGUAAUGCUGAUGUUUUUGUUAUUGAUUUGUGCAAAAGUUAACUUAAGUACUUUUUUGUUCAGAUGGUUGUUCUUUGUUCUGUGUAGACUGAAUGCAUGGGGGAGUUCCUUUUGGGGAAAAAGAUUUAAGUAAUGUGUAACAAGGAUAUACUUAUAAACAAGGGUAUUUUUGUACUCCAGUUUGAUUUGUCAAAACUUUUUCAAAUUACAAAGGAUUUUCUUAGCCCUUUUUCCUCUUCCCGUGUAUUAGUUUGGGGAAAAUACAUAACUGGAUGUAACUAUGAAAACCUAACUCUCCAAGCACAGCCCGAGUGGGUACAGUACAUACAGGACCACCUGUCCCUGUAAUUACAUAGUAGUAGUAAUAAUAAGACAGAAAAACUCUUGGCUAUAGGAAAGUAAUACACUACUUUCUACCCUGGAAUGAGGUCAUAUUGCGGUAAUAAAGGUAUUAAUUCUCGCACAAAAUUGGAACUUGUUCUGGAUUUUCCCUGGAAAAAAAAAAAAUCUCUAUUUCUGUGGUCAUGUUUAUGUGACCUUUAACAUAACAAUAUGUUUCUCUUGGUUUUAAUCCACAGACCAUUCCUGUAGUGGUAAGUCCUUCUGCUGGGACAGUGGCAAUGAGAACUGGAGUUCAGUAUGUUCAGACCACAAUGCCAGUCCAAGUACGAAGAGUCUAACUGCUAACGAGAAGUCCAUACAAUUGUUGGAAUAAAUAAAUUAAUAGAAAUGUGAAAAAUAAACAGAGUUCUUUGGAUUAACCUCAAAGGUUCAGACUUUAGCUUUGUAUAUGUGUACAAAGCAUUAACUACACUACAUUAAUGUAAAGCAUUAGCGCUGGCUUAGAAAAGCUGAGGACAGGUAAGAUCCAUAUUAAAUCUAUGCUUCUUUUGUAAAUAAUGUACAAUUUGUGGAUGUCAUUAGAGUACCAUCUCCUUUUUAUAUUUGUAUUGACUUUAACUUAUAAAGAGCGUUUGAAGUUGGAAAAGGAAGGUUUAAACCAGCCUUAUCACAAGCUAACACUGAAAACUGGUCUUGGGAAACUGCAGUUAUGCAUCAAAUAAUAUAAUCAUGAGAAUCUGAACAACUUGAUUUGCAUUUGGAUUGAAAAAAAAAAAAAUUCUGCACUUUCAAACUCUUGUAGGAUUUCUUUGGGCAACCAAGUGAUGAAGGGUAUCUUUUCAGUUAAUUGUAUUAGGCAAAUUAUAAUAUUUCCAGUCUGUGGACCUGAGAUACAUAAAGAUUUACAUUGUUUUUUACAAUGACCAGACUGUUAACAUUUAUAUUGUUUACAGGUUAAGUUAAAAUUUCAUUCAGUCCGAUAUCAGAAAAGUUGGAAAGCGUAAUACCCGCUGGUUGUAGCGGAAUUUCAGAUCAUUGAUAACAAUGAUUGAGAAAAGUAAAGUUUUUUCCUAUGCUUCACAGUUCAGUUUUCUUUUAAAAUCCUCCAAAAGGACUUUGAAAAGCUUUUUGAAUGGAACAAGAACUAGGUGUGGAGAAAAACAUGGAUCGGGAAACAUGGGCAAAGGACUUUUGAUGCUGGGCCAGAGCAUGUAUUAUUUAUAUGAUGGAUUUAUGUUUUUAUGUAAGCAUGAUACAGUACAGUAUGAGAGAAAGUAACCCCUGAAAAUGCUGUCUGUUACACUUAUACUGUAGUACCAUUUUGUAUGUUGUGUAAAACGAAAGCAUUGAACAAAGCAAAGGUGAUGUAUGUAUAUGAGAAAAUUAAUUGUAUGAUAUCAUUCCAGUACAUUGUUGUACAUUUUAGUCAUGUUGAUUUCUCCCAUUGUUUAUAAAAGAAUGCGGUUUGUACAGUCUCCAGCUAGUACCCAUAUUAGAGGGAAAGGAGUAUUAGAGAAAAAAAGCGAGAACAGAAUAUUCGUGAAUUGCAGUUGUGUUAAAAAUAGCCUAGCUGGCCUUAUUUGUGAAGCAUAAUUGCUUUUAGCAUAUGGAAGUAUUUUUUCACAUUUUCUUUGUAUAAAAUUUGUAUUAAACUUAAAUAUCUUUUUUGACAA